GGGAGAGAAAGAGAGAGAAUGUCUUCAGUAGUGGAGAUACCGUCCAAGAAACAUCAUGGGGACUGCAACGAACUGAUCGAUCCGAACAACAACGUCGCUGAUAUUACGGCUAUGAAUGUGUCGCUUCCCACUGAGAAGUUUCUCCAAGCGGCCAUUUCUCUCAAAGACCAGGUUGUGGAGGCGACAUGGAGAGGAGGAGGAGUAAAAGGCAGUGGACAGAGCUUGGACACAACCGUAUACAAAGGCUUGCUUGGUACGGCUUUCACUUGCUUGAGAUCCUACGAAGUCACUGGUAACCACCAAGACCUGCUAUUAUCCGCCGAGAUAAUCGACACCUGCGCUCUUCUCGCACCUACCUUCACUUGGAACCCAACGUUUUUAUGUGGGAUAGGUGGGUUUUACGCACUGGGAGCUGUGGUUGCUAAUUAUAGAGGGGACCCUCAAAGGCGUGAUUACUUCGUGGACCGCUUCCUUGAGGUGGCACAAGAGAGAGCACUUCCAAGUGGACCUGAGGAGGGUGGGUUCGGGAUGCCUUAUGAGCUUCUUCAUGGUCGAGCUGGAUUCUUAUGGGCAGCGUUAUUCAUAAACAAGAACCUUGGACAAGAGACAGUUCCCAUGGACCUUCUAAUGCCAGUGGUAGAAGCUGUAUUGGCAGUAGGAAGGGCAGGAGUAUCUGACACUACAGCCUGCCCACUGAUGUAUAGGUGGCAUGGGACAAGGUACUGGGGUGCAGCCCAUGGUCUUGCUGGUAUCCUUGUAGUCCUACUCCACUUCCCACUCUCUGGAGAAGAUUAUGAAGAUGUCAAGGGGACUCUUAGGUAUAUGAUGAGAAACAGGUUCCCACAUAGUGGCAAUUACCCUUCAAGUGAAGGGAAUCCAAGGGACAAGCUAGUGCAAUGGUCACAUGGUGCCACUGGCAUGGCCAUCACUCUAUGCAAAGCAGCACAGUUUAGUACCUCUGAAAAUAAUUAUAGUUCGUAUCUAUACCCAUAAGGUAUUGUA